UACAAUUAUAAAAGCAAAUUUAGUAUAGUAAUAAUGGUGCUGGUGGAUGAUAACUAUUGCUUCAAUUAUGUUGAUGUAGGAUCGAAGGGACGCUUCUCAGAUGGACGCAUAUUCAGAAACUCACGUUUCUGCGAAGCAUUAACAGACAAAUCACUAAACAUACCAGAAAACGGCAUAAUAGUAGCAGAUGAUGCGUUUCCUCUUACAACUCAAAUAAUGAAGCCUUACAAAAAACGGAAUUUAAGUAUGCCAGAGAGAAUAUUUAACUAUCGCCUUUCUAGAGCCAGACGCAUUGUGGAAAAUGCAUUUGGCAUAUUAGCAGCCCGUUUUCGAGUGUUUGAAAAAGAUAUUAAUUUAAGCCCCCCUAAGGCAAGUAAAGUCGUUUUGGCUGCUUGCUCGUUGCAUAAUUGGUUGCGAAAAAGCAAUGAUCGAAAUUAUUGGGCUAACGGAAUUGUAGACAGCGAAAACCUAGAAUUAGGAACAAUUGCUCCUGGUAAAUGGAGAGAAAUUACACAGGGUUUAACAAGUUUACGAGCAGAUAGGAGCACCAAUAAUCCACCAAAAAAUGCCACAAAUUUACGAGACAGAAACUGUCAGUAUUUUAAUGGAGAAGGUGCGGUACCAUGGCAGGAAAAAAUGAUUUAA